AUGGCUCUCGAGGUCAAGAAGCUGGGUGUGAUUGGCGCUGGACAGAUGGGUCUUGGUAUAGCCCUUGUUGCCGCCCAGAAAGCCGGAGUACCGGUCACCCUGGUCGACAACUCGCAAACCUCUCUCGACAAAGGCAUGAAAUUCGCAGACAAGCUCCUCGAAAAGGAUGUCUCGAAGUCAAGAAUUACACAGGAAAUGGCUAAAGAAACAAAGUCCCGACUCAACCCUACUACCAAGAUGGAAGACCUCUCGGACGUUGACUUUGUCAUCGAAGCAGUGCCAGAGAUACCCGACCUCAAAACAUCAAUAUUCGCACAACUUGCCCAAAUCUGUCCUCCCCACACUAUACUCGCUACCAACACCUCCUCAAUUUCCAUCACAAAAUUAGCAGCCGCUACGACCAAAGACCCAACAGACACCUCCGUCUCCUCACGGGUUAUAAGCACACAUUUCAUGAACCCAGUACCCGUGCAAAAAGGCGUGGAAAUCAUCUCCGGCCUACAAACCUCCCAGUCCACGGUCGAUGCCGCCCUGGAACUCUGCAAGCGCAUGGGCAAAGUCCCCUCUAUCUCUGCCGACUCGCCCGGCUUUCUAGCCAAUCGCAUACUGAUGCCAUACAUAAACGAAGCGAUAAUAUGUCUGGAGACAGGGGUGGGCCAGAAGGAGGAUAUUGAUAACAUCAUGAAGAACGGGACCAAUGUUCCAAUGGGACCGUUGCAGUUGGCGGAUUUUAUUGGAUUGGAUACUUGUCUGGCGAUUAUGGAGACAUUGCACCAGGGGCUGGGGGAUAGCAAAUACCGACCUGCAGUGCUGUUGAGACAGAUGGUGGAUGCGGGCUGGUUGGGCAAGAAGUCCGGCAAGGGCUUUUACGAUUACUGA